GGAUUUAAAUCGGCCCGAGCCAAGAACGCGGGCAUGCGAGUGCUAGCGAGGCGGCGCCCGUGCCUAGAGAGUCCUCUGAGCACGGCCGGGUUGGGACCGAAGGAAGUGGGAUUAGGGCUGAAAUAAGCGAGGGACGCGAGCAUGCGAGGCAGUCCCAGUGCUUAGAGCGACCAGGGCGCGCGGAAGGGCCGAGCCCGGGCCGCAGUGUGAAGUGCACACGCGGGUCAGGAGGCGACAGAGGAGGGCAUGGCGCCGCCUCAGCAGUCUCGGGUCCUUCGGUGCUGCAGCUGCCGCCUCUUCCAGGCGCAUCAGGUGAAGAGGAGUCUUCAGUGGACGUGCAAGGCCUGCGGGGAGAAGCAGUCACUCCUGCGGACUUAUGGUGAGGGCUCUGGUGCUGACUGCAGACGCCACGUUCAAAAACUAAAUCUGCUACAGGGACAGGCUUCGGAGCUGUCACUCAGGUCUCCAGAGGAUGCGGAGGGACCCACAGGUCCUGGGCCAACUGGCGGCAGUAGCAGCCUGCAGUUGUCCUUCUGCUUUCCAGGGCCUCCACACCUCCUCCCCACUACACGGCGUGGCCCGGCCCUCGGAGAGCCGCUGGCUGAAGUACCUGGACAAGGGUCCCAGCGCACACAGCCCAGAGCAGCCAGGCCCACCAUGUGGCCAGACCCUCCCCAGCAAAAGCUGGAUGGUCACGACACUUUCCCUCCCAGGAGACGAAGCACAAAACAGCCUCCAUGCAGCCUCCAUGUCCAGGGCUUGGGAAACACCAGGGUCACCUUGGAAUCACAGGACACACCCCACAGGCCCUACAGCACCAGCAAACCUGCUCCUCUCCAGGGGGAGCUGCCAAGUGUGGCCCCAUCUUCUAAAGGGGCACAGUUUCUGCUGUCACCCAGAAGCAGGUCACAGAUGGGCACUGAGCCACUGGCAUCAUUGCAGAAGGACUCAGGCCAGCAUGGGCCGAGCUCCCCAGAGGAGGCCACCUCAGUGAGCCUAUCACCACUGUGCCGGUUGGGGACACCCCAGAGGCAACCUGGGCCCACAGGUCUCAGCAGGUGCCACGCAAGCAACUGUGCAGCCUCUUCUCCACCGGGGAGGACUUCGAUGACACCCUGUGAGGUGCAACUGCUGGGCCGCACUCCCGUUGAACAACAGCGUCCCCCACACAGAGCCGGGUGAGCCAGCCGCCUUCAUCUGAGAACCCCAUGGACAGCAUCUGCGACAGUGAUUCGAUCAGCCGAGGGUCAGCCUCUGCUGAGACAGGAGGACUACUUCAGCUGGGCAAUGCUGAGCCCAGUCUGGGCCACACAACACCGAACCAGGAAAGACAACACCACCCAGCCACAUGGCUUUCACUG